AUGUCUGGUACACCGUUGAUGCCCGUUCAGUUGCAACAACCCGCCGCAGACACAAAAUCUCCGGUAACGUACCAUAACCACCAAAGAGGACAAAAGACGGAGUCCAGUUUGCCCUUUCUUAAGGAGGAUCAGUACACGGAUACCAUAUUACUGAUAGAGGGAAAGAAGUUGUUCAUCAACAGAUGCAUUCUGGGAUACGCUUCGCCUCAUUUCCAAAAACUCCUAGACGCUGCUAAUAAGGCGGCCCUAACAGAGAAGAAAACUAAGGCAGAGGUUAAAAUCAGCGACAAGACUUAUUCUGAUUUUGUAGAACUUUUGUCUUAUCUCCACCCGGCAACGAGUAAUGAUUUAACAGAGAAGGCAGCUGUAAAACUACUACCGCUUGCAAAUGAGUAUGAAAUGAUUCCCCUCAAAGAAAAAUGUGAAAAAGUACUAAUCGGUAGUCUUCGAAAAUCACCUUCAAAUCCAAAAGCCUCUAAGGGACCCCCAGCAUAUAAACAUCGGCGGGACAACGCCCCUGAAAUUCUCCUCAAAUGCAUAAAAUCUGCGGAUGCCGGUUCAUCGAAGCCACUAUUGGAAGAGUGUGUUCGAAUUUUCUCCAAUCCUGAAAUACCUCUAAAAGAUCUUAAAGCCAGUACAGAAAUUUCCGAUCAAGUGAAGGCACGGAUCUAUGAAAACCGAAUGGACAACACUUCUAAUAAGAUGUCAAAGUUAGCCAACGAACUUGAAAAGGAGAGAAACGAAAAGGAAAAACUUCGAUCACAGCUGAACGACCGAUACGCAGCAAACACCAAAAGCCGAAUGAGUCGGCUAACCAGGUUUGGUUCGGACCCCUCUCUUGAUAAGCCAAGUAACCAGAUAAUGAACCAGGUUCCACCAGCUCACCACCAUCACUCACAUCGCCCUAGCAACGUAAACAGUCAGGGACGCGAGAAGUUUUCAAGAUUUAAUGCCAAGUAG